AUGGCCAUUGGUGAUUUGAAAAGCCCAAAAGGUCUCAAGGACCUCGACACUUUCUUGGCGGAACGCAGUUACGUCGAAGGAUGGCAAGCAUCCCAAGCUGAUGUCGCAGUCCUGGAGGCCUUGGGCCAAGCCCCAACGGCGUCAAACCCCCACGUCUUGAGGUGGUACACACACAUCAAGUCCCACGAGCUGGCAAAGUUGCCAGGCACCAAGAAAAUCCCCAGCAGCUUGGGUGUCGCUUCAUCAGGCUCCGCACCAGCUGCCGCCAAGCCCGCUGACGACGAUGACGACAUCGAUCUCUUCGGUUCCGACGAUGAAGAAGAUGCCGAGGCCGAGAGAAUCAAGGCUGAGCGAGUCAAGGCCUACGCCGAGAAAAAAUCCAAGAAACCCGCCCUCAUCGCCAAGUCCAGUAUCGUCCUUGAUGUCAAGCCAUGGGACGAUGAGACUAACAUGCAGGAGAUUGAAGAAAAAGUCCGUGCUAUUGUUAUGGAUGGACUUGUUUGGGGAGCUUCAAAAUUGGUCCCAGUUUGCCAUGGAAUCAACAAACUCCAAAUCAUGUGUGUAGUAGAGGACGACAAAGUGUCUGUCGACCUUCUGACUGAGAUGAUCCAGGAGUUCGAGGAUCACGUACAGUCCGUCGACAUCGCAGCUUUCAACAAGAUUUAA